UGACAAACACAUUUAAAAUAAAGUCCCAAAAGAGUUGUUCGUCACCCAUCAUAACGAGCAAUAGAUGUAUUCCGUUUAUGAGGCUAUCUAAAAAAAAGAAAGAUCAGGUGAAGCAGCAUUACUUGCAUGUGCAGCAGGAAGAACAACAACAAGAAAAAAUGCUGCAGAGUGAGCAAAUAAAUCAGCCUAUGUUGAUCACUACUCCUUUCUAUAAUCAUCGUUAUCAUCACAAUCAAGAUUAUUCUCGAAAUAAAAAUAUAGCGUCUAUUGCUCAGAGAAAACCCACACCGUUCACAGUAAAGACAUUAGCCGAGGAUAGAGACAAAAUGGACAGUGAAACCAUUGAAAAAAUAAAGCAGCAGUUACAUGAGAUACACAUGAAGGAAAUGAUUGAAUUCAAAAGACUAGAAAAAAGGCACCAACUUAGAGAACUGCGUAUACAUGAACAAAUAAUGGAAACACAGAAUCAACUAGCCUCAUUGUUAUCUUAUAUGUCGAAUAAUGAUCAUUAUUUUGCUACCUUCCCAAGAAGUCACUUUUAUGGAAAAGAUCAUGGCUAUACACCUUACUCUUAUUAUCAUUGGUAUACUAAUGGCUACUAUAAUUUACCAGGUACAUAUCCAUCAAGUACAUACUAUACAAGAGCGAAUAGACAACUAUAUACCUUCAAAGAUGACGACAACAAUGAUUAUUAUUAUGCACCACGAUGGUCUUAUUAAAAAGUAAAUGACCCUAUUCAUGUUUCCUUUUCUAUCCAAAGAAUGUCUUGCUCUGUUUUCAAUAUAUGUAAAGAGAUAAUGUGUGUAUUAGAACUAUAUAUUUGCCGUAUUUUGGAACAAUUCAAGCAGAAAAUAGUUAUCUCAAUACUUUGAUAAAAAGAAAGAGAAAGACCUUGUAGGGUUUUUAUAGGUCGUAGCCUUUUGUUUUCUAAAGAAAAGGCGGAUGUCUAAGGAGUAAAUAAGUGUAAAGAGAAGGUAUGGGCUAGCAUGGUGUAAAUAUCAACAGUACAAAUAACAGCAAC